GAAGUUUCAACACAGCGCAUCACGCCUUGGGAGAACUCUUCCCUGUUUUGAGAAUAAUUUGCUUUGUUCUUGGAUACAGCUGAAUCGCGGCACAAGCGGAAGUUUAUUCAAGUUCACCCUAGAUAUUUUGGCGCCAGCUGGCGCUGCCGACACGCCGCCCAAGGACAAUUACAAGCCCAGAACUUUGUUUUGAAUACUACAAUCUUCGAUAUGUCCAGCCACGAAUUAUUAACAGACGAUUAUGUCGCGGGGGUGUUGAGCCAGGAAGCAAAUGAUUGCUCUCUCAAGUUUUCUGCCAUGGGAAUGGACGCGUUCAAAUCGGACAAGAAACCUCAAAAUAUGCCAAAACCGAAUACACGAUUCUUGCGGAAUAUCAUUAAAGGAACUGAUAGUCAUAACAAAGCACUCCUAGCCAAAGAAGCAGAAGAAUCACAGGCUCGACUGAAGCGCUUGGAGCGAACUCGAGAGCUACAGCGAGUGAAGAAGAAUCCGACUACGAAGGAUAUCGGCAGACGCCACAUGGGUGAUAUACAAGCUAUUCUUGGUGGCAGAAAGCUUAAACGAGCGAGCGAGCGAGAUGCAGUAAAGCCGUCGGAUACAGAAAGUCGGAGUAAGCGGCACGCCAGCGAUCAUUCUAAAGAUCGUCGAGAACGAGAUCGAUCGGACAGACACAGUCGACGUGAUAAAGAGAGACGCGAGGAUCAUAGUUCGAGCAGAUCAAAAGCUAGACAUCAUUCACCUGAAAGCCGACGGCAUCGUUCGCAGCAUCGGGAGUCUGACGAGCGCCGCAAAUCACAUCAUACUGGCAGAUCAAGGUCUCCCCGACGAAGGGAUGAUACUGGCAAAGAACGACAUCGUCAUAGAUCUACCUCUUUGGAGCGUAAGAGUAGACGACGCACAUCUUACAACAAAAAAGACAACCACUCGGACUCGGAAGACUCCAUCGGUCCAGCACCGGAGCCCAAGAUUAGAGGCCGUGGUGAUGUUGGCCAAAUGUCCGGAAUAGACAGACGGUUCUCGGAAUCGUAUGACCCGAAAACUGAUACGCACUGGGAGGGUGAACCGGUAGACGACUGGGAUAGUAAUGUCGAUGCAUAUCGUAGCAGGAUGAAGUCCCAGCUCCAUAAUGAUGAAUGAGUGACGAAUAGCUUCAGUUUGUAUAGAAGCAUGUUAAUCCACCUUGCAUAGCAAUGUAUUAUAAGUUUUGCCAUAAUAAGUUGCACAGCGGUUAUGUUUGCUUAUUGACUACUAUGUUGCUAUUUUUACCUCCGGGUAGGUUGGUCUCGUCAGCACCUGAAACACGUCACGUUUAGAUGUCGGUUGCGCUAUCGCUCACACAAUGGAAACGGUGCAUAUCACUGGAUCAAUCUCCCUUGAUUCCACAUUUGCAUGUACUUGAGAGCCUUAUCUGAUUGGACUCUGAUCGAAUCGCUAGUUGAUCAUUUCGUCCAGCCAUUGCGUCACGCGCCGGCAGCGUCUCAGCCAGGGUCCCCGCUUUCAAGCAUGGCGGUUGUUCAGUGUGCGAGGGAACGCCAGGUGAAGGGUGGGCAUGAACUCACCAGUUCG